CCGCGCUCGCCGCCCCCUCUGCCGCGUCGCGUCGCUCCCCCCUCUCCUCAGCCAUCAAUGGUAUCCAAAUCGUGGGGUCGCAGCCUCCUUUUAGCGCUCCCGCUCGCGUCGGCUGUGGCCAACGCCGCGCUCGACCAGGUCCUCGCAAAGGGGCGCCCCGUCAUUCCCAGGCUCGCCCCUCCGCAGCGCCAGAUCGUCGACCAGCAGGGCGCGCCUGUCAACCUGAGCACCGUGUACACGUUUGACCAGCUCAUCGACCACGCGAACCCUGCGCUUGGGACGUUCAAGCAGAGAUACUGGACGUCGAACGAGUAUUACAAGACUGGUGGACCGGUCGUUCUGAUGACUCCCGGCGAGACAAACGCGGACGGCUACGAAUCGAUGCUCACGAACGUGAGUGUCAACGGGCUCAUCGCGCAGCAGAACAACGGCGCGGUCGUCGUCAUCGAGCACCGCUUCUUCGGCCAGUCGAACCCAUACGGCAACCUCACCGCGCAGAGCCUGCGUUACCUCACCAUCGCCCAGGCCAUCGACGACCUCGCGCACUUUGCGCAGACCGUCGAUCUGCCGUGGGCGGGCGGCGACGCGGUGAAGCCCGACAAGACGCCGUGGGUGCUCACGGGCGGGAGCUACGCGGGCGCGCUGACGAGUUGGACGAUGGUCAAGAAGCCAGAUGUGUUCUACGCCGGAUGGUCCUCGUCCGGUGUCGUCGAGGCGAUAACCGACUAUUACGCAUACUUCACCCCGAUCCUCGAGCACAUGCCCAAGAACUGCUCUGCGGACGUGCAAGCCGUCGUCGGCUAUCUCGACCAGCUGAACAGCACAAGCAACGCGACCGGCAUCCAGACGAUGCAAGACACGUUCGGCCUCGGCAACCUCACGCACGCCGACGACUUUGCCCUUGCCCUGACGUACAACCUGGCCGACUGGCAGGAGCUGCAGCCGGACUCGGGCGCGAACCAGACGUUCUACCGGUUCUGCGACGCGCUCGAGGUCAACGCGGGCGGCGAGAGCGCGGGCGAGCAAGGGUGGGGGGUGGAGCACGCUGUGCAGGCGUGGGGCAGCUUCUGGAAGGCGGAGUACUACAACAAGACGUGCGGGACCGCGGACGUGGAGACGUGUUUGGGCACGUACAAUGCGAGCGCGGCGCAGUAUACGAAUACGACGGUGGAUAACGCAACGCGCUCGUGGAUGUGGAUGGUCUGCAACCAGGUCGGCUACUACCAGGUCGGCCCGCCCGCAGACCAGCCCGCCAUCGUGAGCCGCCUCGUCACAGUCGCCGACCAAGAGCGCACCUGCGUCUCCUACUUCCCGCAAGCCUUCCCCGGCGGCCCGCCCGCGCCCACCGUCGCACAGACAAACGCAGAAUACAUGGGCUGGAACGUCUCCGUCCCGCGCCUCUUCUUCGCCAACGGGCUGCGCGACCCCUGGCGCGGCGCGACCGUGUCCGCGGAUGCACGCGGGCGGGGCGCGAACGCGAACGCGGACACGAACACGAGCAGCCGCUGGCAGCCGGUGUACGAAGGCGACGGGUUCCACUGCUCGGACUUGUCUGUCAGGAACGGCGCGGUGGACGCGACGGUUGCGGGCGUGCAGCGCGCGGGGCUGGGGUAUGUGCGGGCGUGGCUCGGCGGGUUUAGGGCUUCUGGUGGCGCGGCGGGGGACCUGUAGAUGGGGCGGAGGUCGGUGUGGUGUGGGAUGUUAGGUUGUUAGGUGGGGUUGGGUUGUGUGUUAGCGACGUCCGGGCGGCUGUUUUUGCUCUAGGUAGUGCGUGGACCAUGACGACGAGUUCGAUGCGGUGGCGAGAUUAUGGUGG